AUGGCCACUGUGGUGGAACCGACGGCGUUUCACACCGUCGGAACAAUCCCAUCAGUAAGUCUACUUGACCACUCGCGGGAACAUCGUGUCCUGAAGCAACAGCAGCAGCAGCAGCAGCAGCAGCAGCAGGAGCAGCAGCAGCAGCAGCAGCAGCAGCAGCAGGAGCAGCAGCAGCACCCUACAGUCUAUGAAUAUACAGUUAGGCUUUAGCAUUCUGGUGAUGGAUUGAGGGUUCUCCCUUCCUGUCGCAUUAGCUUCCCUUUCCGUAGAGGAGUCAAAAUCGUUCUCUUUAUGGCAUUUAGUCCAUCAAUAGCCACCAACGGACGCAUCCAGUCGUCAAAGUUCAGUGUCCGAAAAUGGAUUAAUUAGCCAAAACCGGGUAGGUCCAUUGUGGACUCGCCAUAGAGCACGCUGACAGCCCAGUCAAACUUUUCGGGAUAGACAGUACAAUUAUGUAAGUACAAUCUCCUGCAUGCCUGACCCAGGCUGCAUGCACUGGUUUGCUAAAUUGCAUUAGGUUGGUCAACGUUCGGCAUAUCAUGCCUACCCAAGCUAGAUUCAGCGCGAUCAAAAAAUAGGGAUAAUUUAAUAACGCCCUUAAAAUUUGAGACUCCGUUUGUUGCGGCAAACCACCUGCCGAGUGCGUUAAAAGUAGGCUAGAAGUGCCGUUUUUACCACGAAUAUACUAAAAACUGCAUACCUUUGCCAGUGAUGGCGUUUCAGCUAAGCCGCACGUCGAUUCUUACCACAUCAUUGGUAUUGUUUUGUUUUCACGUCUCGUGCUGUAUCAUCUUAUUUUUUUGGCCAUUUUUUGUAGUUAAUUUCCCGUCAGGGUAAGACAAAACUGUUUCUCACUGUCCUACUGUACGGAGUCAACUACGCACUUUAAUGCCCUAGGUAAGUAGACGAAGAGCGUCUCAAAAGUAUCCAGACAGUCCACGUAUGCUGAAAGCGACUGGACUCUGUGUAAAAUCGGGGCGCUCUCCCCUUUCGGGCCAUUUUCAGUGAAAUCAAAUGAACUAAAUAAAGUGUUAGGGCCUGACUGGUACAAGAGGAAGACAUUAAUGGAGCGACGCCUACUUAAAUAAAUUCAGUAGCGGAUGAGGUAUAAAACCUACCCCGACUGCAUACCAUACCCUUAUUAAAUAAUGCCCCGGAUACAUCAGUACAAGUGAAAAUCUGGGAGAAUAAUAUUUUGUUAGCACAGAAUCAAGGAUUUUAUUCCAGCCAGCAAAAUCUUGUGGUGAUCCUAUUCGGGGCGCCAUCUGAAACCCUGCGACUCUCGCGCGUACCAGUGACAAUCUUGUUCUCCGCCAGACACAGCUAUCCCAACAGGCCAAUUAACUUUAAGGCUGAUUCAGACAUGCCUUUGCUCAAGGCACUCUGACGCCUGCCCGAUGGCAUUCGAACGCCAGCCUUGGUAGCGUUGGACAUGUGCCCUUGCCCGACUGUCGAUUCGGCCCAACUUAUUCUCUAUUUAUUCUGUACGGAAAACAACUCUCUCUACUACUGGCGUCCUAAUUUCUUUUCUCUUCGGGACCGGCUAGGAAGAGUGUAGAGGCAAGGGUCUACUUAAGACUUAAGCUGCUGCGACCGUCUUACGCCUUCGUCAGUCUAAGGUGUGUGCUAUGGCAUAACAUCUCCAGAUUUGGACCUCUUUCCAAUUGAGUUCUGCUUAUUUGGACAGCUGUCUGGUACUUUUCCCGUAGUUCAUUUAGAUUUCUAAAGUAAUUAUCAAAAAUGGAAUAAUGGUAUGAAAUUACCCUGAUUAGCUCUAGAAAACACGAAGACCGUGUUGUCAGGACUACGAGUUUUUCUCCACUGUAGAAUUUAGGCUCACGAAAGUAAAAUACACCAAUUUUUCCGGAAAAUUUGACCGUUAAUCUCCUCACUAAGACUUAUCACAAGUAUCCUUAGUAAGUUCAUUUCCUCACCUAUCUGACUGGGAACUCCAAAAAGAAGCACAUCAAGUAGCACUGACGGUUACAGCAAAAGUUCCGCUAAAGAUCAACGAGGGUACUGUUCAUAAAGAGGAAGAUUGUCGCAGAAAUUCUAAGUUCAGAAAUAUGUGUUCAACAAGUAAGUUCACACAGGAUAUGUCACUGACAAACAUUAUUGUUCGUUUAUGGACAAAAACCGAACGGCCAGGAGGCGGAACAGACGAGUCCACUGAAGGUGUCAUCAGUUCGGCUAGAGACAUAACGAGAAGGUAGGCUUAACAGCCACAGAGCUCAUCACUGCAGGGGAAAAACUCGAUGAAAGCGAUAAACGACGCGAAGGGUGGUCAGUUUAAGUAAGUGUUUCCAGAUGAGAAGACGACAAAUGCAAGUCCAACGUCGAAAUUAGGGCUGACUCUUAAUAAAGCCAGAAGUGGAGCUUUUGUAAAGAAGGGAAUCGGCAAAGACUAUACAAUCAGAGGUGAUGUUUAUUGCAUAGUUUUACUUUAGAUAUCGAUAAGGAAAGUGACGGCCGAAUUUGUGAUGCGAGAUUACUCCAAAGGAAGGUAUAUUUAGGAGAGGAAAUUUGGGAGGUUUGCAGCAAUUUUCAGAUAACAAGCGUGUUCGUAGACCUGUUUGGAUUUAAAUCGAGGAUUUUUUUUGGUAAUGCUCUUUUCAUGAGUUUUGUUUGAAUACGAUGUUUUACGCACCGCCAGAAUGUGUUACAGAAAUCUCUGUGACCUCGGGCUUUUCUGCCCCGUUUAUCAGUUUCCCCACCUGUAUGAGAUAAACCGUUUGCCCUUGCAUGGGUUUAACUGAUAUUCACGGACGAAAUGCUGUUGCAGUCAAGAUCUAAUGAAGGCGUUUCAAACGGUUACUUCGAGAGGUCUGUGAAAAAUAAUAUAGAAAUUUAGAUGCCCAGAAGAGUUCGCUGUGGAAUUCAUUCAACUACAUACAAGAAUGCCGGCUUGUGUCAAGAGCUUGUGGGCCACAGAAGCCCUAGCCGCGACAGACUGGAUGAGGAAGGCUUGUGUAUUAAUCCUGACCAUUUCUAGCUUCCUGGUAUGCGUCAUGCUGAUAAGCAUUUAACAGGAUGAACGGCCCAGAGCUAACAAAAUCGACUAAUGCGACAGAGAUCUACCAAACGACGGAUGAGUGGGGGCUCCAGCGGAAGACUCCAUGGAUAAAGUGCAUUAUUUCUACUUACUGAGGAUAUGAGGUAGAGUUGGGAAGUCUUCUUUCAAAAUGUAAUGAUCUUGGACUAACCAAUAAAAUCGAUAAAAAAGUGACCUUGAGGCAACUAACGUUAAAGACAAAAUACGCAGAACAAAUGAAAACUGUCCAUUGUCCCCGCCUUUUUGCUGGACAGGAGUUAGCUUUCCUGGGAGGCGCCGUUUCACGAUUAAUCGAAAGCGAUUGCGACUUUUGCAGCUGAAAUCGUGAAGGCCAGCCGAGAUCGAGACAGGCCAUGAUCUUUAAUCUGGAAUAGAUAUCACGUCUUCCUCUAUCUGGUGUGCGAAAUCACGGACGAAGUUCCCGUCAGCGCAUGUGCUGUUUUUUGAACUAACAUAAAUUUCAAAAACUAGUUAUAAUGGCUUCCGCUCCCGCAGACCUUUCGACUACCGAAGCGUCGACCAGAGUAAAGAUGCCCAAAUAAUCUUCCUCGUCUUCGGUCAGAAUUGCUUAUAUCCACAACUACCUACCCCUUAUAAUAAACCACGGUUCCUCUACAAAGGUAGCAGUUCAGCUAGUUGAAUGAGAAACUAUCUCUCAGCUCGACCUUUCACGUGUAUCCUAGCAAACUUACAACAAUUGAGUUGUCACUUCCUAACUACGCCUCCGAACAACAGCAGACAAUAAGUUAUUAGACGCGUCAACUGCGUCGCAGAUUUCAGAAAUUUAACCAAAAUCAACUUGAAACCGAAGGAGAAACCUUUUUAUGAGUGAUGCUAACGCAUGCUAGAAACUCUUCCUGCUUCAAGAAUACUUUCAAAAGUGCACUACACAAAACCUCCACUUUCUGUACAUACCUACAGUGUGGACUCGGUCGACUGGUUGCUGUUGCCAUUGCAGCAGAUCACAUUAGCGGACUUUAUGUUAAUAAAGUUAUCCUAAACGCCACAUGUUAUGCUGCCCUACAGGAAAGACAGUAUGUACUUCUUCAGUGACCUGGUGGCGGUCGAGAAUGGGAGAUCAACUUAAACCACGCACAAUAAUUUCGUUUCGUCUAAUGUCAGAAGUCAGGGAGUUUUGAGGACUAGUUUAUUUUGUACACAGGGCAGGUUGCUGUAAGUUGGCUGUUUGCUUGCAACAGAGAUAAGCGUCCUUUCACGGAGAGCGUCAGUCGCGGGGUGACGUUUACGCGGGGGUGAAAGUCUCUGUCAGUAGCUGGGGGUGACUGGUUGAGUGCUGGUCAUGAGAUCGGACGGAUUAGGGGAGGAUUAAGGGAAGCAUAAUUAUAGGGGCUCACGGGUAUCAAGCCAGGUCGUCCGACGCGCUUGAGGUGAUGACAGUUUGUGGGGGAAGCCGGGGGGUCACUGUAGCUGGACAGGAGGGGCCCCAGUUCUAGCCGGCGGGGGUGGUCGUGUGUCAGCGGGCUACCAACGGUUGUCGCGGCCAUCGACCGACAAAACGGAGCCGGAGAAAAGCGGGAAUGGAGUGGCUGCUACAACCUUAGAAACUAGGCCCCUUUGGCGUUAGAAGUGUAGAUCCUCAUGCGUGUAUAGGACUUCUCUCUCUGGCACCUAGGUGGGACCAGAAAGUAUGUGAUCACGGCUCCUGAGAUCCUGAAGAAUAUACGCAUGCAGCCUCUGGGGCAGUCAAAGACAGGCGCAUACAAACUCGGCCAUUGCUCGAUCUACUGGCCAAACUGGCAAUCACUAACUCUCACGUGACGCUUAUACAUUCAUACCCAUAUUGCCUUUGCGGACGAACCUGCUCGCAGACUCAGAACCGGCCACGGGCCUUCUCGCAGAGGAUCAUUUGGAGCAGGAAACGAACUUCCUGAUGCGGUGGUUCAUGCUGAAACCGUUAUAUCCUUUAAGUGCAGGCUGGAAGUUUUUUUGCAAGGAAACUACUGUACAUAUAAUCACGACUGUUUUAGCGACGACAGUUUGCGCCUGGAUCACACUUACCGUUAACUUCUGAAUUUCCAGAUUUACUGAUGUAACAGUUGGUUUUAUCGCUGUUUUUUUGAUAUGAAUAGGGAGUGUAAGGGCCAUAGUCCAAUUUCCUUAAUAAACUGACUUAAACCGACUAUUUUUCACAAGAAAUGUCUUGCAUAAAAUGAUUGCUUGCAGUCAUCCUAAUAAACCACUUCAUGAUCUCCACUUCUUAAGUAAACAGCGACAAUAAUCUAUUAAACUGCAUUGUUUUGUGCAACGAACACAGUCUAAAUGCUGCCAUUUUAAACUCGGUGCAAAUACGAAAAAUUAAUGUGCAUUUAAAUGGUCUCCGAGAACUCUGCCUGCAAUGCUUCAAGUACAUGCCUAAUGACACCUUCCCCAGCCCGGAUUUCGGGACAUCACUCUCCGUGCCGGCUUAAUCCAGGCCUGCCGCAACUUAGCAUCCCGCACGCAAUUGUUUUGACGCAUGUAACCCGACUGUCACUUUGCUGGGAUCAAACAAAGUCGUCUGUCCUCAUAGACAACAGGGCAUAUGGCUGUGGUAGCCGUCUCUUGAGAUUUGAUCGCAUACCGUAACCAGUCAGCAUAGGAUGGCCUGUUACUUCUACAAUGCACAUGGUUUCUAACAAAUUCCUACUAUAAUUAUGUCUAAGCUUUCCCAUGAACAGACCCUCCCAUUUAAUACUCUAUCAUAAAGCAGUCUCUUUUCCUGAAUGACUAACGUGGAAAUAUUUAACUCCCCGAAAUCUGUCUGUGCUUUAUAUUCAGGGGUCUUCCUAUGCUUCGCUCAGCGUUGGCCUCUUCCUUCUCCAAAAGCACAUAAUUGGGAAUUUAUUGGUAUUCAUACCAGAAAUAUUAGAUAGAAGCCAAAUCUCCAGCAGACACCAAUAAUUUCCCGCCCAUUGCACAGCUAACUUUCCAAGUCCCUUCCGCAAUUCGUUAUCCUUGCUGAACUCUUGGUCAACACUAAUGCAGACAUUUUUGAUUUUCAAUGAUAGAGCUCUCCAAACGAUUAACAAUAAAACUAUUACAAUUACAGUGUAAACAUGAUUGCACCGGCAUAUGUAAACAGGCACGGGGCUGGAAUCAGCUGUGACAGGCAAACCUGAACACAGACGCUUUCAUAAUUCUUUGCUGCAUAUAUACCGGUAUUGAAGUUUGCAUAAUAGGCCUUGAGUAUUUGUGAAUGACUUCGUAGAUAGGGAGGCCAGUUACCGAGAUAUAUAAAGUUAACCCUGGAGAAUUCUAUGUACAGGCAACCCAAACGGAACAUUAAAAAGUGCCCGGCGGAGAUCUUGUUAUGGGCCUUAGAGGUAGACCCAAAAGUUUGAAUUAGUCCUGGGAAUGUGACUACUACUUAUAAAUUGCAUGUGGUGGUACGGAAACCCUAGUACUCAGCGGAAGUCUAAAGUGGAAUGUCUGGGUAAUACAGCAGGUAGGGUUGUAGCUAGUGGUGUUGCCGAACAUAAGGCCGAAAUACGUAGGCAAGUGAAUAAAUAUCCGUCUACUUCAGGUUAUGUCAACCUGAAUAUGAACUUCACCUUGACAAAAUCGAACAAUUUAAAGUCGGCACUUUAAAGGGCGCGAUAUCUCACAGCGAAAUUAAGCAAAAAAUAUGGUUCGUUAAUCUACCUUUUCAGUAUUAAAAGCAAUGAUAAAUUGUUAGAUAAUCUUACUCAAAUACUGAAAUUUCUAAUCUUUUAUAGUUCUAUUGUAUGCAAACGAUCAUUGUUAGUGGGAAACGUUUGGGUCAGACGGGCAAAUAUACUUUCCCCCAUUGCUGUGCCGUCGUCCAAACUUGUCUUUUAGUGCAAAUUUCCAAUCAUUUUAAGCAAUGUCAAGCCAAAUCCGUUCAUUGACUGGUGUGCUAAUUGCAUUUAAAAUUAAAAUUUUGUUCAAGACUGGUGCGGAGCACAUACACUUCCUGCAUACUAAUCAAUGCGACAAAUGAUUUAAAGUCACUGUUGAUAAGUUUAAAAUUUAUUAGUUAACUAGCAAAACAGUAUGUUAUUGCCACAUUCUUCUCUUUUAGCCUCCAAAAAAUAAAAAGGGAAAGAAAGGGACUGUCAUCCAUGGCGUCUGCACAACAGAUAUGACUAAGGAGGAAAUUGAGAAGUUUGUUAUUCUCCUUAGAGAGGAGUUGGACAAAGAACGGACAGAACGAAAUAUGCUUUCUUUGGAAAGAGACAAACUGACUACAUUUUGGCAGUUAACUAAGAGACAGUGUGAAGAGGCUCGAGCAAUGUUACGGAAAAAAGAACGAGAACUAGAGGACGCAGAAGAGAGACAUCAGAUGGAAAUGCGCGUAGGUUUGUUUUAGCGACUUCAAGAACCCUGUAAUUGGUUUUUGACAAGCUGAAUGGUUGUCCGGUGCCUUAUUGACAACGCUUUUUCCCAUGUUAUAGAUCUACCGUCAAAAAGUGAAGCACAUGCUUUUUGAACAGAACUCUAAGGAGGCAGACUUAAAGAAGGAGACAUCUGUGACCUUGAACGCAAUGAGUGAUGAGAUGCGGAUAGAAGUUAGAGCGUUACAAAAUGAGAACUACACACUAAAGGCACAACUACGCUACAGACAACUGGAGUCAGAAGAAGCUAUUAAAAUGCUCAAAAGACAGCACGAAACCGAGGUAAACACAGGGCCCUCGCUGCAUUUUUUUGACAUUAAACGUCAAAAACCACUCGGAUCUUGCACAAACUAACCGAAAACAUCAAACCAAGGAGAAGGCUUGACUUUUUAGAACAGAAAAUAUGAGUCGAAAUAAUAAUAAAAUAUUGCUGGGCAAAUAUAUUAAUUCAACAACUUGACCUUAAAUAUUUGGUUUCUAUGAAACAAUAAAUACAAAAUUCUUGUCCGCAGGUGUUUUAGUAAUAAGUGUCAACUUGAAAAACCUAUUGUUUAAUGCGCUAAAUCUUCACAGUAGGUAAAAUCUGAACUGAUUUAAAAAUUUAAUUGUUUCUCUUAGCGCCCUUUUUCCUUAAAAUAGCGCUGAUAUAGAGAUGAUUUUGACGUAAACAUAGAGAGUAAUCAGCUACAUUGCCGAUUGGUGACUUUAAAUGGGCAGUGCGAAAAUUAGAAUCUAAAAUAUCCAGUUGAAAACUGUGAAAUGAAACUGUCUGCCAGAUCGUGGAGACAAGGACUAUUCAGCGUGUUUUCUAAAAUCUCUGGUAAAUCCAGAAGUAAAUCAGGAAUAUUGACGCAGUGUUAGUUAUUUACAGUUUUCCAGUAAUUUCGAAAAUCUCCUUCAUCUUUCGUAUGUUCAUUUAUGUGAUUAUUUUAGCCGCUCAGCCGGGAUUUUUUUCUGCUGUUUAUUCUUUUCUUAUGACCUUCAAUUACAGACCGUUUCCAUUAUUUGACUUAGCCUUCUAGCCGGUUCGGGGGGUAGUUUUGACCAUCUAACUUAAGUGCCGUCCUUUGGUGACCGGUAGGGAGCUCAUAAGCAUACAUAAACGAAGAGUAUUUACCAUUUCAUGUGACUAAGUCCACAAAAUCCAAAAACCUCAUAAUCAGUUGAAACAAUAAAACGUCCUUUGAGUCUCACCAAAGCCAACUGAUUGUAGAAGUGGGAAACUCAAUGGAGCGCAAAUUUGUGCUUCUACAAUUUAAUGACCAAUAUGGUUGAUGCCAGGGCACUUAGAAAUGGCAGGAAAUAACAUAUUGCUCACAACCUUACUCGGUACUUAGGUGCAGACUGCCACCGCUACGAGUUAGGAGAGCGAAGUUAUGUGAACAUGCAAUGAUCAAAAAGCUGGUUAGAUCGGGAUUUCUGAAAAUGAUUCCAAAACCGGUACGUGCGGAAGACCUGCUAAUGGGAGUCACAGCUGGCUUAGUAAGAUCGUCAGUGUUUUUACUAAUAGCAAAUAUCCCGACUAGAUCUUAUGUUUGAAAAUUUUCAAUCGGGAUACAACUUAUUCUAUAGUUCGAACGCCAGAAGACAACUGGGACGUAAAAGCCGUAUUCAAAUAUGUGCAUCAUAAACCUCGGCCAGCGAUAAUUAUUUAUAUCAGUCGAAUGGCCGUCAGGUAUUCGAAACAGAAAUUCCUGCAGGAUUGUUUCAAACAAAACCCCUAUUUUUUUUCUGACUCCGCUACUCCAAACAUGCGCUGGUUUUUGAGUAUAUUUUUACCCAAACAUAAAUUUCCAUUACAAGUAAUGAGUAUGGUACACACCUUAGAGGCGUAGGGACAAACUGUUUAGACAAAAAUACCGUAUAAUCUACUUAUCAGUGGCACGAACACCUUCUUUCUGUGUUCAGAUACGAAGAGUGGUCAUAUCUCUAAUCGAAAGAUGUGUAGCCAAACGUCUUCUGCAUAACCAACCAUUUCCUGUCAGUAAAACGGUCCGUAGCAAACAUAUCUAAUAUUUUGAUGGACACAAAUGUCUACUGCAGCAAUCAGAAUCCAGAGGAAACCCAACCUUAGGAAUCCAGCCAUUCUUGACGAAGACGAUAAGUCUCUUCAUCUCACAUUUCACAUAAAACACUAUGUACUGUUGGCCAUUUGAAGGGUUUUUAUUUCUCCCAUUUGAUAGUUGAGUAAUAUACGAUAAACGUGUUUAACAGGUGCCCUCACGGAAGCUGGUGCUCAACAGUAGUUAGUUUUACGGGCACUGGAUGACAAAAUGAUAAUUUUAUUGUCUUAUGCAAACGAAACAUCCCCCAUGGCACCCGAAAGAACUCUAGCAUGUUGUCCAGUGAAGAGCGCCUGGCUGAGGGCGGUAGGAAAAUCCAAAAUAACCAUUUUGUCUUGUUCGUCUUCAUUGGUAGCGUUUCUCAAUUGCUUUUUGUUGGGCGCUAUGCAAGCAUAUGCCUUAAUCCUAGAUUAGAAAUUUCAAGUAAAGGAGAACCGCUCGCAUCCCAUUCCGCACUUGGGAACUACCCUAUCAUUUAGAUGGAAGAGGGACUAUAUACCUUCUUACACUUUGACUAAUCGGCAUCCCAUGCCCGACGACCGAGUAUAGACAGUCAAGCUAUACGCCCCGUUUUUAUAGAGACCUCUUCCCAUGUUAGUAUUUUUAAGUGCUUAAUUCGUUAUAAUUUCCCUCUCACAACGAUAUAUCCUGGAUGUGCUUAUUGUCACCUGUCAAAUCUCACCACACAAGAUAGACCUUAAUAAACUACUUCUGUAAGGAAAGCAUGAUGCAUAGUAUGUCUGAACAGGACAAAGCGACAAGUAUGACCGUCCAGACCCGUGCUGAAUUCUGACCUGCAAAUACUGUUAUCAAGAAAAUUAUACCUGCUACAAUAAUCACUUGCAUGUGAAAAACUGCGCUGGCUGAUGUUCGCAGUAUGACAAGCGAGAGAACGUCCGACGCUUCAGAGGCUGUUUUCCUUAGCCUCAAAAUUUCCAGUGAAGGACGCGUACCCAUUCAAUAUCGAACCCCGAAUCCGGCGGUUUUUGAUCUGUCCAUAAGAUGCGGAAUUUAAAGAUUUGGUGUACUGCCUCUGUGGAUAAGUUCCGUUUCUUCAAACUAACGCAAUAUGGAGAGGAACGGUUAAUGACCAGCCGUAAAAACAGGUUCAACCGAGGAUAUAUCGUGAAACGCCGUCUAGAAUGGCAGAGCAGAUUUGAAUAUCUAAUCAGAGAGGUCCGCGUCCCAACUGGAUAUCACAGUAAGCCUUCCUUAUAUUAGUUAACUGAGAGUUGGCAGUAGCCUUAAUCUGAGGAUGUCCAUCGCAAACUUGUUCUUUGAUUAUCUAGCUCAGUUUUUGGAGUUAAGUCAUCAUCACUUUCUUUUCCAACCAAAAUAAGGGUCGUCAGACAUUAGAUAUAAGUUUCAGCCCUUCGUGGACACAAGCGAAAAUUCGGGUCCAGGAAGCAGUUGAGGCUUCUGUUCAGUUAGAUAAUCACGGUAGCAAGGUAGGCGAGAGGUACGCCGGCGUGCCGGUUGACAGAAUCGUCGCCAGAGGUUGAGGGCUCAAACCUUCCUCUUCCUGUCAGCCGCGCCAUGAUUUUUAUGUUUUCGAAAUGCUAUUUACUCGGGGCAGCCGAUCAGUCACCUAGAAUGUUGGCUCGUGCUCGUUAUUCGUCAUCUUGGCCCUCUUGCAACGUCAUACGUACUAUAUCGCGGACAGCCGAGAAGUAGACUCACCCGUAUCCACUUGCCUCGCGUUGCCGCACUCUAGUUUCGUUCUCCUCCUCAUAUUUCCCUUAAAACAGAAAACAAAGCUUUGCAAAGUAGUGGACCCACUUGCUUGUCCUUUGCACUUUUUAGGCCAGAACUGCUCCUCUCUUCAUUUUAGAUGACAAACAUACGUCAAGAAUUUAUCGUUCAGAGCGAGGAAAUGGAGCAACGACAUGCCAAACAGGCAGCAAUGCUGCGGGAGGAGCUCGAGACUAAACGACGCAGUGAAAUUCAUGCCACUGAGGAGAGAAAAAAUAUGCACAUUAAGCAACUGGAAGUUUGCCACGACAAAGCCUUUACAGGGAUGAAGAGCUAUUACAAUGACGUGACGUUGGGCAACGUGAACGUCAUCAAGACACUGCGCGUAUGUAAAACAAACUAAAUACAUCUACUCAAAUUAUUAAGUAGGCAUAAUUGUUAAAACUACAAACGUGUUACUGAACGAUUUUCCAUACUGAUUAUAUUGUUACCUGUGCCGACGUGACUUUUUAUAUUUCAGGACAAUAUAGAGGAAUUGAGAUCAAAUCUUAUACGGACCCAAAAGAAAUUGGAUGCAAGCGCGGCGGAAACAGAAAUGCAUAGAGAAAAGUUGAGACAGAUGGAAUCGCAGAACAAGAAUCUCUUAAAAAUUGCACUUCAGUACGACACGGAGAAAACUGCACAUUCUGUAUGUCCGACGUUUAGUCUAGAGCUCUUGCAUUUUGACCUGGUUUGUUUAAACUUCCAUUUCUAGCAUUCAUUUGAGAAGGCACCUCAUCAAGAAUACUAAUUUAUUUAACUCUGUCGGCCAGUUAUGUUAAGGGCCACACACGGCCUAAUUCCUUCGCAGCCGGCAUCUUUUGCAAAUGUGCGCGUGAUCGAUACUCAGGCGCUUGGAUCCGUUCACCUACUUGCACAGGAACAUGAAUAAAUAGCACGGCGUAAACCCCACUUAAAUCCACUCACACAUAAGCUUACGCCUUCCACCCAUAAGAUCAUGCUAAACCCCCCCACAGAUUGCCAAUAGGAGCGAAGAGAUUAGUCCUAGGAAGCAGUCUUAAAGAAGGAAACACGAUCGCUGGGACAAGAGCUUUACUAGCCUGACGUUUCGGAUUGCUGCUCGAACCCAUCAUCAGAGACAAAAGCAAAUACGGGUGGUUCAUGCACAAGGGGCUGCAGUAUUUAUAGGAUGCAGUCACCAUGCUAUCGCAUACCUAAGAAUAUUCAUGGCUCCCCCCUCAUCAGGGAUCGUUGCGCUUUUGUGCCGACAAUUUGAUGGCAGACAUUCGUGUCGUAAAUUGCCGCAGUUUCAUCACGUGCAUUGGAUGUUGGUGCGAUACUUGCCCGACCAUCUGAUCCACCGACCCUGGAGUUGGGAAAUGUGUUCACUUGUACGCUUCCCGCGUGGCUAAUUAUCCCGCCUAGGCGAAGUCUCAGCACCGAGUAUGGAAGGGGAAGGUCAUUGCACUUGUUAAUGGACUGGGGGCCAGUAAACCAUGACUCAAGCAGUUCCCAGCUCACGCGGUUGUCACUUCUUGCGAGAAUUUUGGCCUCGUCGAAUUUAAAUGUGUGGCCGGAUCUCCUUGACAUACAAAAGCGCUCGCGGUUGGGCCUUUCGUCCCUUUUACCUAUGCACCGGUUGACGAGGUUUCGCGGGUAGUCGUUGGCUUUAAAGACCCGUCGGAGGUAUUGUCGUUCGGCAAUCUUGUCUUCCGGCUCACUGCAAUGCGUUUCAACACGCAGAUAGAGCGUCCUUACACGGUGAAGUUCGGGGUAGACUAUGCGAACUUCUCCGUUUUCCAGGAGCAUGUUUUAUCAGUCUGAGAUGAGAUAAAGAUCUUAGCAGUCGAGCACUGCCAGUCCAGAAGGGGGGCAUCAGACCGAAUUGGACCACAUACAACCAGUGAGGGAUAUCCACCUCACGGGGCAACAGGAUUGCGUAACCAUAACCAUUUUUGUUUCGCAUGACUGCCAGUCGUUCCCUCUGCUGUUCUAAAUUUCUUUUUCCUUCCUCAUCCAUAAAAGGUGACAAAACACGAAUUGCAGCGGACAAUGAAGACCAAAAAGUCCUUUGAAAUGCAGGUGGAAGUGCUCCAAGCGCGGUUGGAAAUCGUACGUACUCAGUCUUUUUAAAAUGAGCUUUUACAAACGAGAGGAAGUCCCCCUGGUUGUGUGUGUUAGCCCACGCGUAGAGCCUGUGUGUAUAUCGAAGCGGCUUUAACAGGUAUUUGAACUCGCUGACUUGUGCCGUGGGUGUGAAUAAGAAAACAGAUGACCGACGUCAGGCACGUCCUAACAAUCCAAUAUAAACUAAUGGCGUUACUGAUUCGAGUGAUUUUUGUUAAUGUUGAUAGAGGUUCCACUCAGGGGGAAUGUGUUGACUUGAUUGAGUGUCAUGUGUGCUGGUUGUAAUAGCCCCAUUGCUACUUAUGAGCCCUCUAUACAUUAAGAAUACGGUUUGGAAGUGGUGAAAAGCACCUUUCACGUUGCGUUUGGCCCAGAAAUACUUUCCAUAUAGUCUCUACAUUCGAAAGGUCUGUGUCUACCUGUAGAUUUUAAAUACGAUUGGUAAAUUUUAACGGCUAGGGUAAUAGGCAUGCUCUAACCAUCACAAUCCUAAGGCCUGGCCCUGUUUAAGAGAAUAAGAGCAUCAGUAGAAGGUCUUUAUUCGGUACAGAGGCCUGGUAGCGGUCUGAGCCCUUGACAAGGGACCAUCUCGUCUCUGAUCAAGGGCGUGGCGGGUGCAAAUGACCAUGUAAACAUUUAUUUGGUAUUUAAUUAAAUGGCCUGAAAGUACAGGAAAAUCUGAAAUUAAGUACUCUUGGAGCUGAAUGCGCACGUAUUCCAUCCAACGCUGAUCAUGCGGUUCCUAGUGUGUUGUGUGUGCCUUUGGAAGUGAAGGCUUGUAUGUAUUUGAGAUGCCUCUUAUGCCUGAUGUUUACCUUUUAAAGCCGAAUUUCCCUCGCCAAAUGGACCGCCAGUAGAUGCAUACGAUCAUUUUCUCAAUAAAAAUUCCUGGAUUGCGAUUGGCGGUGCUCCUACAGUAAGAGGGCUAACUCGUAAAACUUCAAUCGAACUUCCGAAAUGCGUUUUCGUUUCUAAAAGAUUAAUUAGAUGGAGUUGUAAAACUAAUCAUCAUGCAGCGUAAAUUUAUAAUAAUUCAGUUACCUCUGGAUGCCGGCUUUCAAAGGAACCUUUUUUCGACUGCAUACAAAGACCAUACCCCGUAAAAAAUGACUACUUGCAUAGCAUGCAUUUUUCUUAUUGAUUUUCGGUGCCUCCAAAAAUUCAGUUAUAUUUCUUAGAAGACAUGCAUAAAUAUAUUCACUCUCUUGCUCAUUCGGUAGAAAAUUACGUCUUCAUCCAAUUGUAUAUUCAAAGGAAGGGUAUAAUUCGGUUUUAAAAAGUUUCUAAUUAUAAGAUUUUCCAAUACACUGAAAUGGCCGUUCAUAAAACGUCAUGUCUCUGCAUUUACCAAUGUGGCUUGUAAGGUUAAAAAAUGGCUGAAAUCCAUUGUUACAUUUUAUAGACGUUGUAUAGUAUUUUCGUAAUAUCGUAGAUAAAUAUAUGGAUUUCCGUAAACGGAAAGUAUAGGGCUUAUAGUUUGGAAACCCUGAAUGCAAGUAUAACGGCAGGUCAGGUUCAACAUUAUCCGGGAAUUGGGAUUAUUUGAAAACCGAAUUGUAUCCAUCCUUUGGGUACAAAUUGAAAGACAUAAUUUGUCAAAAACUGAGUAAGAGAAUGAAUAUUUAUAUGCAUUUUUUUCAUGAAAUAUAACUGAUUUUUCAAGGACACAGAAAAUUAAUGGGAAAAACUAACGUUACUUAAGUGGCCAUUUUUAACAGGUGUUUGUGGAAUGUGCCCGAUUUAAGGACUGUGCUAUUCAACCAGCACCUACACUCUUACCUGCUGUUUAUACUUUUUUCCUCAGAAGCCGCUCUUCGAUUGAACAUUUGCAGUACUUAGAGGAGAAGUUGAAAGCCAAAGUACUUUGAAAGAAGAUUGAGGGUCCUUGACGGGUCAAAAAAUAUUUUUAUGUAGGUUUUCUACAGAAUAUCUUUGAAUUUCUAAGGGCAUGGAGGAUCGAUGGGAAAAAGUCAUUCUACUUAAGUCGUCAUUUUUUUGCGAAAUGUAGUUUGGGCAGUCGGCCAAUGAGAAGCUCGUUCGAAAGCCAGCAUCCUGACCUGGCUGGGACAUCUUGACAUUUUGUAACAUGGUAAUUAAUAUGACAACCCUACUUAAGCAAUCUUCUAGAAUCAAAAACGCCUUUCAUGAGACAGCGCUUCCAGUGUACAAUGAGACUGACAGGCAGAGGUUUCAGGUCGCUGUACCACGCAGCUUUGAGGGGUUCGCUUAUCGGCGCGUCGACCAUCAUUCGUCAUGUACUUUCUGAUAUAUGAGUGCUCCAGGUAUUCCAGUGUUAAGCCCUUCAAUUUUCCCGGAUCUAUACCUGCACACUCGGAGUAGAGCAAUCGAGCCAAAGUGUCUCAAAAAUUUUAUAUAAAUGUUUAAGUCAGACUCCGUCAGCCGCAGCGAAAUAAUUACGCUAUAUUCUCAUUGCCCCAAAUAACGGUCAAUAGUGCAUAAAAUACGGCGAGGUUGAUUUAUCAAGCUCAAAACACAGGCAAAAGAUGUGCAUUUCCGAAACGGACUUCCGGACUCCGUAAGUCAUAUUAUUCAUCCUAUAGGAAAAAAACACUCUGUUCGCUCAAUGUUUAGAUGGUUGUAAGCUUAUGUUGCUAAUGCAAAAAUUACUAUGAAAACUUGGGAUGCAUUCUUCAGCACAAACCCUCAAAGGCUCGGCCAGAGAGUUGAUAGGGAGGUUUGAGUUGACGUCUAUCAGUUGCAGCAGGAUAAUCACGCAAUAUCCACAAGCUAUUAACUGGCAGUCAGUGGUAUACACAUAUGGCAUUAUUCGUCAUACUGAGAGCAGAGGUACUUGCUAAAAGCCACGGCAUGGAUGUUUUGCCGACUUUACGUAGCUGCGUAAUGCAACUGCGAGGGGUUCGGCUCACCAGCGACUCUCCCAGCGCCCCCUGUGAGUUUUCCAGUACAUAGUCUAGUUUUAUAUUGCUGCCUUUUCGCCUCUAUAGGAAUGAAUUAGGGUACUCACAGUAAAUUCUUUGGCACAAACCUGCUCAGAUAGGCAAGAAAGUGAAUACAAACAUUUAGUUCAUAUAUAUUUUGGCAGAUUUUGAAUAAUUUAUUUUGACCCAACUGUGAAAAACUCGGCGCCUUGGUGGGAUUCGAACCCACGCAGUAAGGGGAAGGCUUUAGUAAAGCCAACGCUCUAACCACUUGAGCUACGAGGUCCCGCAGGACGACGCGUGGGUUCGAAUCCCACCGAGGCGCCGAGUUUUUCACAGUUGGGUCAAUAUGAACAAACAGUUAGGUUUAAAUCCAUAAGCUUUUGCGGAAUACACGGCGAGGAUUGAGUAUGUAAGCCCACUGGGGGACUCCUGGUAUACGGGGAGGAUGUUAACAUUAUUUUUGUCAGUAGGGCAGAUGGACGAGGCAAUUAACGGAGUCUGCGGAAGGCAGUGAGAGAACUCCCAUUAGGUUUGUUUUAUUACUCCAACGAGUUGCCGCAACAGACCGCACGGUUUGGGAGAUGCGAAUUAGGGGUGUAUACAUUGGCAGUAAACAGGUAAUCCGCGGUUAUUGGUUAAAUAAGGUCUGAUUGGGCAAGACAGAGUGCGCGAGGCAAACUUACCCCUAAUUCUGGCCUUCGCCGCUUCGCUAACCCUAAACUUUAACCCAGCCUAGCCUUGAAUAAGGCCAUUUUUCCUGAAUUUAAUCAGUUUCUUAAGCUUGACCAGAAACUUAACCUUAAUAUGACAUGCAUGCCUAAGUAAAUGUACACAUGUUAUAGCACUGGAAAUAAGGCUACAUAUCCAGCCAUCGCCCAGUGAUCACGCCAAAUUCGCAUUCUGCCAAGUGGCAGUCAGUAGUAUAUGAAUAUUGAUUGAUUUGCCAUGGUCGCGGCAAGAGUACCCUGGUAGCCUAUUUUUGGCUUCCCGGGGUGGUAAGGACUUGGCCAAGACAUGAAAAUAGAGCAUAGAUAAAAAGUAAACCUUUCUCGCCGUCAAUAGUUAGAAGUCUCUUCCCGGGAAAAUGUCCAGAAUGAAAAGUACACGAAAUAUGUCGUGUUCUGCGUGAUCAAUGCAUGCAUUUGAGAGGGUUUUCAGAUUUCCAAACACAUUGACUCCAGCUACGUGCUAGCCCCCAUUCCAUGCUCGUUAGGCAAACACACUUUUGACUGGAGCAUCCUGCGUGUGUGUGUGUGUUCGGGGCCAUAUAUUUGCACUAUCUUGUGUUCGCUCCAGCGAACGUCUUUCCCCCCCCCCCCCUCUAAUUUGCGCAUAUGUAGAUCAGUAUUUAACUGGUGUUUCUGCCUUCCACCUUCCCAGCUUGAGAAAAAUCGAGACUCAUUGGCCAACACUAUGGAACAGAUUAUGUUGGGCAUCAAGCAGAAGUCUGGUCUACGCUGCAUGAUACUGGAGAAGAAGUUGGCAGCCCUUGUGAGCACUCUGGAGUCCCGAGAGGCCCAGGUUGACCACAUGGUGAUGGCCAUGAAUGCUGACCCUGCAGCCGUUAAGGAUGCCAAACAACAUUUAGAGGUAUGUGUCGUUUGUGUGUGUGUGUGUUGCCUCUGGUGCGGAGUGGAACGCCAAGGUGCGGGUCCGGCCGUGCCAGCCAUCUGGGCCCUCCUCCGCCUCCGGUCUUCUUGACUCUGUCUUGACACCGGGCGCAAAUGGGAAGUGGGGAGUAGAGAGUGCGGUAGAUGUUGCGAAAGUUUACUAUCACUAUGAACUAAUUCACGCACGAAUCACCAUCCCUGCUCUCACCUUGCUUUGGAGCACACGGUGGACAUCGUCGAACCAUCUUGCGUUGCCUCUAAAGCAGGUCACACGGUAGAUGCGCUGAAACAACACGGAAGCUAUAUCAGAGUCACGUAGGCGUCAUCAGGAAUGCGCAUCCAUAACAAAUGCCAACACUUCGGGAUGCGGUGGCAGACCCGGUUGCCGACAGACGUCGCGCACACUGGGAAUCCUGCCGCCCCCACUGUUGUUGUUGGUCAGAAACCUGGUUAUUUUCUGCGUGGACCAGAGGGUGUGAAGUGGAACACCAAGGUGCGGGUUCGGCCGCGCCAUCCGCCUGCGUCCUUCCCCGUCUCCGGUCUUUUUGACUCUGUAUUGACAACGAGUCCAGGUGGGAGAGUAGGAGAGAGGGCGAUGGGUGCUGUGCAAGUCUACAUUCACUAUAAACUAAAUCACGCACAAGUCACCGUCUCUGCUCUCACCUUGCUGUGGAGCACAGGGUGAACAUCGUGGGCAACAACGAUCGAACUGUCCAGUGCAUGACCGUCUGCUAGGGUCAGUUUUGCCCGCAACACUGGAGUGUGGUGACAGGCCCACCUGCAGGCUCACAACCCUCCAAAUGGGAUCCGCGCCGUCCCCCACUUUUGUUGUUGUUGUUGAAAAUCAUAGUCAGGUGUUUGUGUGGACCACCUACCUGCGCCCUCUCUCGUUUACAGUCUUCUUGUCUAUGCCUUGACACCGGAGAGGAGAACGUGCUAGGUGCUCUGCAGGUCUGCUAUCAUUUUAAACCAAUUCAUGCACAAGUCACUGUCCCUGUUAUCACUCUGCUGCAGAGCACACGGUGAACAUAGUCGGUUCCGACGGUCGGACCGUCGUGUGUGUGGCACGCGUAAACGGGCUGUCAGCCACUGCGCCCAAUUCCGCCACCAACUGGCUAACAGGCUCUAGCGGUCGGCUGGUGCAGGGGAGCGUUGUACUGAGUGAUGACUCAGAAUGCUGCCGACUGACGGGCUAACUCGGCUCAUCUCGGAAGCGAGGGCCAGACUGCAAUGUGGCCUUGACGGCACUUUCACAGUUUGAAAUCCGAGCCGUCCCUAUGACAACCUGCCACAUGUAGCGGGGAUUAGGUCACGUGCCUGGCACGCGUGGACUGCCUGUUUAGAUUUACCAGACACAGCACCCGCUCGUACCCCCAGUCAUCUUGACCUUGCCUUGCUAUCGGAACAAGCUGAGCAAGGAAAAAGGGAGCUCGACAGAUGUUGCGCAAACCUGCCUCAUUAUAAACUAACUCUAGGAGGUCGCGGGAUUGGGCCACAGGGGCUGCAAACCUUGAGGCUGUGAAUGGCUGGCUGACGAGGGGUAAUAAGCCAGAAAUAGUCAUUCCAGCCCCCUUUGUCAUUGUCGACAAUGCUGUUCUGCCCAUAUCACGCACCACUGAGCGGCUGCUGACAGGGCAUGAGGUAGCGCCUCAAGAGAUAAGGGGACAAAUGAGUUCCGUAACACGAUCAGCGAACGCCUCAUCUACAAAUGUCAUCAGAGAUUCAGACGCAGUCUUACUGGUGACCCACGCUAUUAACUGUGCGAUCGUCAAAUUGAAUCCCUAACCUUCCAUCAGGUUAUGGGCAACGUACUCGUGAACUGGUCUGUUGUGCGGUUUGACCUGUAUAAUGGUACAGGCAGUUGCUGCACAGAAUUCGAUAAAUCGCAGUAGGUUUCUUACCCGGGUUCACUUGGUCCUUCAUCUUCUUAACCUUUUCACGCGACCUUCUGAAAUAAAAUACUCGUUCAGACAUCGACCAUUCUCCUUCGUCGUUUGUAAGACGUAACAGUCUGGGAGACAGGAUGUAGAAUUCUGACCAGCCAAUAAUGGUAAAAUCUUUAAGGGCUUGCAACUCUGUCUUCUACAGUGCUCCAUUUAAUUCCUUUGAAGCAAAAGACUGCAGGCUCAGAGGCAAGCGAAAACGAAACUACCGCAUGCGCGUGCUUGGAAACGAAGAAACUGUCCGUGUGUAUGGUUGGAGUCAUCAAGCGUCGUCUUACUCAAAGGGGACUACUGAACUCAUGCUAACGCUGAUAUUGUUAUUGAUAUAUUUGCUCACUUUGUCUUUUAGGAGCUUCUACAGAGGAAAAACCAGGCAAUCAGGGAGCUCCAAUAUGAGGUUACUAGGAUUGGCAAGGUACUUUCUUACUUAUUUGAAAUUAUUCUAUCACUUUCCGAGUAAGUAAGCACAUAGCUUUCAGUUAAUUGAUAGGAUCAGCAGUCUCUAUUGCCAUUCUUCUGCGCACUUGCAUUUUGUUCAAAAAUUCGGUUGGUUUAGUCGCUGCAAUUAUUUUUGGAACAUAAUCUCCAUUUGUUAAUGAUUUUGCCAGUUUGAAAGCUGUGUUCCAAGUCUUCUAAUUUAAGCUUAAAUCAUGCUCCCUAAAUUGCGGUAGAACUGGAUAGAUUGCAAUCGCAGACAGGUUCGGCUAUUACCCCACUCUUGAUGAAAUCAUCCUUUUCCACAAGUAUUGUUGUUAGAUCUUAAUCUCGAGAGUCAUUGCUCCAACCAUAGGCCAACUCCUAUGCACAGGGGACAAGGGGUGUGAGUUUUCUACUCAUUAGACUUUAUCUUUUUCUACUGAAGUAGUAAGGGAAAACGUAAAAAGCAUUUCGAUAAUCACCAUCGAUGAAUUGCUGAGGCGUUUAGUGGCUGCAGCCAGAAAUGAUCAGCCAGCAGACAUAGAGUUUAUCAGCCGGGGUCGUAGAGCAAACACGCGCUCGGACCUUGAGUGUCAAGCGUUAAUGAGUAAGUUUUCGGAAGUCAUCAACUAGCCUUCGAGGGCUAAAUCAUGCCUUCUGACCGCCGGCGGGCACCCCACAGGGAGAACAGUUUUGUUCACUUGAAUUUCCGGAUGCUGACUCGAGCCCACCAUCGAAAACAGCUGUUUUAGGCGGCAAAAAUGCUCGUUUCGAUGAUCGCAUCCCCUUCUUCUCAACUACCUGCUGGAAUCCGCCAUUUUGCUUGUCUCGGUUCCUCCCAGAUCGAUCUCUUUUCGGUUCAACGGGCCACUAUUUUGGGAGCGCAAGCUAGUUGAUUGAGUGGUGGGGUAGAGGAGAGGGAGAGGAAGUCCCACUGACCAGUAAUUUGGCGGGGGAGAGCCGGCGAAUCAGUGAGAGUGUGAACACCCCCUGGUGUCGAUGGACACUCACAGACUGCGCCUCGACUGUGGAAUUAUCUGUUCUUUUCAAAGCCCUCCUUUCUGGGUCUACACUUCUGCAUUACGGAUACGACAGAGUGCGGAUGAAUGCCGUUACCACUACUUCCCUGUGACCGACGAGUCAUUCGUCCACCGCCCUCCCAAAUUCGCCUGUCCUUGAUAGGGCUAGAUCGCACAGGACGAGGAUUCUGCACGCUCGGUGGCUAGCAGUAUCCCCCCGACUGCAGUUGUCCAAUGACGCCGCUGUCCCAAUCUCAAUUUGUUAGAAGGAAAGUGGUUAGUGUUUUGAAUCCAUUUUCAGCACUUUCACGGACAUCUAGUCGAGGUAGUGUACUGAAUAGUUCAUGCAUCUACUAACACACCAGCUAACCUUUCUCCCGCCACAUUUACGUGUUUCCGUUGACUGUCAUAGGCCUACAACGACCUCUGGAGCGCAUGCCAUGCAAAAAUGCUGGAAGAACUCAGCAGUCCAGUGAAUCUGGGCAUCAAACCGGUCCAAGUAGACGUCGCCCUCAUUUCACCCUUCAACCCCGCGACGGCACAAGCGAAGCUGUUGAAGCUGGAGGACCAGCAGGCCGCGGGCACACCCUCCGCCGUGAACAUUGGGAAAGGUCCUGUCGGCCUGACCUCGAUCGCACCCCUAUGA